CUAUACCGAUCUCCACCUCCCACUCGUCUUCUUCAUCUUCCCCCGGCCCGUAUUCGAUUCCCUCCUCCGGAUUCUGAUCUCGCCUUUGAUCAUUGAUCAGCAAUCGCUUGGGAAUGGGUCUCUUACCGACGGUGGAGAGCUGGGCGGCCGAGGUGGAGGAGUUCCGCCGCACCGUGGUGGCCUGCGCCGCCAUACACCGGAGGAAGGACGAUGAGGGAUUGCCCAAAAGCCCUCUCCCUUCGGACGUCCAUGAUGGAGAUGAAGGAACCAUGGUGUGUGUCACCAGCGGCGUUUCCUAUCUGGGUAUGGCUUUAGCCAACCAACUCUUGCUUCAGGGAUACUCUGUUCGGAUCACUGUCCACAACUCAGAUGACAUGGAGAAACUGAGGGAGAUGGAGAAUACAAGAGGAGACAAGUUGCAAGUGGUGAUGGCCAGCCUCACAGAUAUUCAGAGCCUGCGCAUUGCUUUUGAGGGCUGUCGUGGCGUCUUCCACACCUCUGCAUUUACCGACCCUGCUGGCCUCUCUGGCUACACUAAAUCGAUGGCAGAGAUAGAAGUAAGGGCGACUCAGAAUGUGAUGGAAGCGUGCGCCACAACACCUAGCGUCAACAAAUGCGUCUUCACAUCUUCACUAGCCGCAUGUUUAUGGCAAGACAGUGCCCAGCCCGUCAUUAACCACGCCUCCUGGAGCUCCGAGUCCAUCUGCAUCCACAACAAGUUGUGGUAUGCGCUGGGCAAGACGAGGGCAGAGAAGAGGGCCUGGAAAAUCGCUCAAGAAAGGGGCUUGAAGCUCACCACCAUCUGUCCCGCUCUCAUCACCGGCCCCGAAUUUUGCCGCAGAAACCCGACCGCAACCAUUGCUUAUCUCAAAGGGUCCCCAGCCAUGUAUGCCAAUGGAUUGCUGGCUACCGCGGACGUAGUCAAAGUAGCCGAAGCUCAUGUAUGUGUUUAUAAGGCCAUGGACGGCACCGCUUCCGGCAGGUACAUUUGCUUUGAUAAAGUGAUUGGCAGCCCCUGCGACGCAGAGAAGCUAGCCAACCAGACUGGCCUUCCCAUCGACAAGAUCUGCGGAGCACACACAAACCCCGACUCCCUCAGAAUUACUCUGUCCAAUCAUAAACUCUGCAGGCUCAUGUCCAGGCCACUCACUUGUUCCAGCCAGAUUUAGAUGCACUCCUUAAACCCUCUCAGCCGUGUCUUCUCCGUGACACCUUCCUUCUUAUAGUCCUGUUAGACGAGCCAAGCUUGUAAUGUUCCCCAGCUGUAUAAUUUAAUUCAUUUAUAAUAGUCGUUUAAUUUUGCUAUUGAUCCCAUCGUCUUCUUCGGCAGAAUUGAUCAUAACAGAUCCAACCAAAUAGAAAACCCUCAACAUGGAUAAUUUCCAAGGCCAAAAGACGUUUUCAGAAAGUAACCAAUUCACAUGGCUAUUAUUCUGUAUUGGAAAAGCAAUCAUCUUAGCAAUCCACGGUUAACUUU